AUGUGUCGAGUGGGAGGGAAAGGUUGGUUCUGGCAUACAUACGUGUGCUUAAGGCAAGAAGAUGCUCAGCUCUGCCCAGUCGAUGGUGGCUGGGCGAACUGGGGAUCAUGGGGCAACUGCUCUGCUAGCUGUGGGAGGGGUACAGAGUCCCGUCAUCGACAAUGCACCCACCCCACCCCAGAUAACGGAGGGAGGGUGUGCAGUGGGUCGGCAUCACAGUUGUCUGACUGUGAGACUCACAUACCAUGUCUGCGUCAACAUCAAUCAUCCGGGAACGUAACAGAGACGCUUCUGACCGACAUGUUGACCUACCUUCGUCCAUUUCACCUAGAAGAUCUUCAUCUAGAGAGGGUGUGCUUGAAAGGCCACUGCAGCUAUCAGGAUGUUCUUGGCAUGAUACAACCCGUCGAGCUUGCGAAUCGUUAUUGGUCACGUCUGAAUUGUUAUAAGUUCUUCGAGGGAUGCCCAGUGGCCGGUGGUUGGUCAGCAUGGGGUGAAUGGAGUCCAUGUACAUCACGGUGCGGAACAGGGCAAUCCUUCCGCAGCCGACACUGUAACAAUCCGCAUCCUAGAAACGGAGGUCAGUUGUGUCUCGGACCGCCAGUAGAAGAGAACGACUGUUUCGAUGAUACCUGUGCCGAUGCUAUCGGUACUUUCCUAACGCCGUGGUCGCCCUGGACAUCAUGCUCUGAGGGAUGUGAUCAAGGAACCAAAGUAUCCACCAGACGCUGCCAUGGCAGCGAUACAUGUACUGUGGGGGUGGAAGAUAGAGAGCGAGAUGUGCGCACUCUGACGAGGCGGGCGCCUUGUAUGACGAGACAGUGUCCAAUACUCGGUGGAUGGAGUCGUUGGGGUGAAUGGAACAUGUGCAGUACGGUCUGUGGGUCUGGAUAUCACAUCAGAGUGCGUACAUGUAGUAAGCCUCUACCCAUCGGUGAAGAGAACGAGUGUCCUGGAGAUAGGUACGAAAAACAGGGGUGCGUGCACGAAUCGGACGAAUGUGAUCGGGCACCGGCAGAUCGAGUGGACGGUGAUUGGUCAGAGUGGUCAUCAUGGACCUCGUGUUCGGAAACGUGUGGUAUUGGUCAGACGAUGAUGUACAGGAUGUGCACGAACCCGGUCCCGAGGCAUGGCGGGAAGGACUGUGAGGGAGACAGUCAGCAAGCCAAGAAAUGCUCAUUUGGCAAGUGUCCACCAUUGAUGCCACAAUGGGGUUCUUGGGGAGCGUGGGAUGAGUGUUCCGAGACUUGUGAAGGUGGGACCAAGUCUCGACAACGAUGGUGCUUGGUCCGUAAACCAUCAUUACAACGUAUGGUUCGGGUGAAGAUGACUAGUAAAUGCGCGGGAGAAUUCCAGCAGUUUUCCGUCUGCGCUACGCAAACAUGCCCAGUUGACGGUUCAUGGGCCAACUGGGGAGCAUGGAUGACCUGUUCAUCGACCUGCGGGGAAGGUGUAAUGAGACGAGACCGUAGUUGUUCCGAUCCCGCCCCUCUAGGCAAGGGAGAGGUCUGCGGUGGAUAUGGCACAGAGACGAGACACUGCUUCCAAAAACCAUGUGCAAAACGAGGCACAAUCCUACUUCGCUUCGACGGAUCUUCGUUCUUGAUCUACCGUCGCUCGGCCCAUCCCGCCCGUCAUCUUCUCAUCUUCCUCUCCUUCCUCCCCUCCGACCCUCACGGCCUGCUCGUCCUCCGUCGCGAAGAGGAAUGGACCCAGGUCGUCAUGAUGGUGCGCCUGGUCGAUGCCCAUGUAGAGCUCUAUGCCGAGAUCGGACCCGAGAUUGUGAUCCAGUUCGAAGGCGAACAUGUUAAACUUGAUAAGUGGAAUACAUUAGAAAUUGGGUUCGACGGAAGGGAGGCGUGGCUUCGUGUGAAUGAUGGUGACGUCGCAGUGUACGAGGUGAAAGAGCCAAUCCCAGACAACUUGGACUGGGAUCUGCCUAUGUAUGUGGGCGGGGCAUUGCCGAAUCUUUUUCCUGGGCACUUCGAUACCAUAGGCGGUUUUACGGGUAAAAUCGCGAAGCUGCGAGUGAACUAUCGAGAAUACAGUCUUCACGAGACAGAUGAAUGGGAAGGUGGUGGACUGCCUUACGUCAGUCUAAACGUAGAGGAAGAUGAAGUGCCAGACAUCGACUGCGAUGUUCCAACUUUCACCGGGGAGGAAUAUGCGCUCCUCCCGAUCCCUCCUUCACUGAAUACCAGCGAUACAACGAACCAUUUACUGAUCAGUAUGACUGUUCGUGCUAGUGACGGAGAGGGCAUCCUGCUGUAUGUCGAAGGGAAGUUCCCCGGUUCUUUCUUUGCCCUCGGUCUCGAGGAGGACAGCCUCGUGAUCACGCUGAGUCUAGGACACGAUCAGGAGGUCGUUCAGCGGCUCACCGAUCCAAUCGAGUUCGGGAAGUGGUCCCUUCUCGACGUCAAAGUAACGGACUCCAGCGCCGAACUACGCAUCGGCAAAGGUCCCGCGACCCAGCUGACCUCCAUUGGCCACGUCUCCUUCCGACCCAGCUCCGACCUUUACGUAGGUGGAGUCCGUCAAUUGGACCGUCUGCAGGUGGAAAUGAGCACGGGAGCCUGGCGCGGGUUCCGUGGCGAGAUCCUGGAGGUGACAGUCAAUUGGGUGGAUUUUAAGAUGUACGAGACCGCCCUCUCUACCGAUGUGUUGGUCAACUCGGCGUCGGCUACCGGGGCAGCGCAUUUUCGUGACAUUUAUGCACCCGAAGAAGCUUCGCUUCUUUUAAGAUGUCAGUUCGGCCAUCUGUUGGAUCAAGUCGAAGACGCCUACCGAUGGACCCAUGCGACCUGGCUCUACAACGGGGACAGGCUCCUCGAGUUCACCCCACAUCGCAAGAUAGUCCCAAGUGAUCCUGCGCAUCCCUACAGUGUCUCUCUCUUGCUGAGCUCAAUAUCCAAGAGUACAGAAGGCUUCUACGCAUGUCAGGUGCACUUUCGAGGCUUGAGUGUCAUUACGCAUGCGUUCUCCGUGACUGUCAAUGUAACAUUAGACGGUGGACUUGCAAUCGACAAAGCGAUGGACAUCAUCAUCGUCGCAGGCGUUGGGUCAAUUAUGGUGGUCAUGCUCCUGGUCGUUCUCAUGUCCUUCUGUGCACCAUGUCGAAGAUGGUCCUAUUUGCUAGAUCGCCUCCAUGACUCACUGACUUUCUGCUGCGGGUGUGAGCCAGGAGAAGGCUUACCCCCCGGGCUGACGUACCCUCAUUUAGCCGAAGUAGAUAACUCUUACGGAAAGGACUUUUCUGCUAGAAGAGAGAAGGCGAAAUUGGACGCGAAAAUGAGGCGGAUGAGAAACGAAGAGAGCUUGAUGCGGCAGAGGAGUUUGGAAGAGGAGAGUGACGAGGAAUGGGAGUCGGUUGAUUCUCUUCCAGAGGAGGAAGAGCAAUUGUCGCCGACCGUGAUGAAGAGAAGGAAGGACGAGGGCCCCUAUGCACCCAUGAGUGCGAAAUCUUCACCUGAACGUGAGAGACGCAGUUUACGAGACGAUAGACGACAGACUACAGACCAAAGAGACUCAAGGGCACCUAGAGACAAAAGUUUGAGGGUCAAAGACUCACCAGAUCAAAAGAGAACGCCGCCAAAUAUGAGAACAGACAAAUUGAGGGCAGAUGAAGUAGAAAGACAAGACUCUUCGCCAAUCGACCAAGAUGACGUCGGGAGGGUCAGAGGAAAUAUCGCAGAGGCAUUUAGCGAAGAGGAAACAGGAGCGGAGCGCCGUGAUAUCAGCAUAGACGUUACUAAACCCAUCCCUGGUCCUCCAGGAAAGCAGUAUGCAACAUUGGACGAUGAACCAUGGUUUAUGACUUCAGUACAUGAUAACAGCACAGAGGUUACUGAACCCAUCCCUGGUCCUCCAGCAGAGCAAUAUGCAAAUUUGGACGAUGAACCAUGGUUUAUGACCUCAGUACCAGAUGGACAUCAAGAGCAUGAGGCAAUUCCCGAGUCUCCUGCUACUGUAGGUCACUAUGCUCCUCCGAGUGCCUUUUCACCAUUUACACCGCUACAAACGCAAAUGUCAUCUCCCUCGUUGGAAGUGCAACAUCAACAGCCUCCCUCUCCUCCUCCUCCUCCUCCAGCACAACCAAUAUCCCCACCUCCUCAACCUCCGCCAACGUUUUCGCCGCCGCCUCCACCUUUACAUCAUACACCUCUGCCACCACCAAUCCAAGAAAAUAGCCCUUUCCCCUCACCACUACCAUUCCUGCAGAACACCCCUCCAUCACCACUUACACCACUAUCGCAGCAAAAUAGCCCUCUUCCUUCACCGCUACCAGUCCUGCAGAUCACCCCUCCACCUCCACUUACACCGCCAUUAGAGCAAAGUAGCCCUCUACCUCCUGCACAACCACCAAUCUUAGACCCAAUUAUUGUCUCGCGAGAAAGACUUGAAAUAAACAGACAGCGUCGUAAAAGCACUGGUGCUCGAUUCGGAACAGCACAAAAUAUUCAUGACCAACUGAACUUAAACCAAAACUCAAGACGAGCGGCAAGUUUUCACAGUGGUGACACCGCAACAACAUAUUUCGCGACCUUAGGUGAAAGCACCAACCGUACAAAGAUCGCCACGAAAAAAAUGUCCUCACCCGGUGGCGAUUUCUUAAAAGUACGAAAUAACAAGAAAGACGCCAAGGAAAGAGACAAAAUCGACCAUACUCUUGGGCUCGUUUCAGAGCUGUUAGAUUGUUUGAAGCGACCUGAUGAUACCACAGAGUUACAUGCGAAGAGACGUGGUGGAGAACUAGGUACGGAUGACCAAGGGGACGCCUACCUCUGUGAAGAUUGUGAACGGGCUAUGGAAGAAGGGAACAGUAGCAUAAAGACCGCAAGUGCAGAGGAUGUGUUGUCAAACGAAGACGGUUUCGAGUCGUGUGCUGAUCAUUCACCAGAGAUUGAACAAAAAUCAAAGAUUUUCAGCAGUGACUAAUCAGGAACGGGACCAGGAAUUUUUCCCUCUGAGGUCAUCGCUUUGAAUUGGUUAAAAACUGCCUGUAAGCUUUAUUACAGACAGAGCGGCGUUUCGAUAGAUUUGAUAUUUGAGUUUCUGAAGUCAUUAACAUUUUUUGCUAUUUUAUAUCCCCGAUCUGAUCUUUACUGCAUCAAUUAAUAAUAAUAAAUGUAAUAAUAAUCUAUUUCCAUACCGCAAGUUGCAUAAUGCCUCUAAGCGGUUUAGAAGUAAAGGAAACAGAAAUUACAUUACAAUUACAAAUCAAUUAAAUAGUCUAUAAAUCAAAGUAUCCUACGUUAAUCAAUACAAUAUAAAAGUCAAAAAGUCAGAGGGCUAUUCAGGAACAAGACUUAAAAGGAUUUGUUUUAAGCAUUGUUUUAAAUGUAUUUCAAGAACUAGCAUUGCGAAUUUGAAGGGGAAGAUUGUUUCAAAGAAGUGUACAUGUAGCUGCAUAAACAAAAGAACAUUGACCGUAUUGUUUGAAAGAAAUAGUGUGAGACCGAGGAAGACACAGGAGUGUAUCGAGGGAGGAGUUUAGAAAGAUAUGAAGGAGCGAAACCAUGAUAAGUCUUGAAAGUAAGGAGGAUAAUUUUGUAAGUGAUGCUUGAUGCAUUGCGCUCGUAAUGUUUAUUCUUCUUAAUUUUGGGAGGCGGGCGAAAGUUGACCACCUGACGAAAAGAAUCGUCCAUGGAGCAAAUAUUCAUAUCCAUAUGCUCAAAUGAUUGAUUGACCCCAUUAGAACAAGGCCCCGUCUUAUUAAGAGCUGGAAUUGAUCCAAAUCGAUCGCGAGUCCUCUAAUAAAUCAAAAGUUUGCCGUAUCAUAUCUCUCAUGUAAUAUCAAUCGCAAAUAAGUUGCGAUUAAUAACAACUCUUAAGACGGGGCCCAGAAAUGAACAGUUUUAGUUUCAAUCUUUUCUAUGAUGUAAGACGGAACAUUUGUAGUCUUCUCUUUUUCAUAAUGUACGUCCUGCAUGAGAAUUUAAUUCAGUA